AUAAAAAAUGGCGUCAGUGCCGGGUUUAGCCGCUGAAGCAGUUCUGGUUAAAAGCGAGGAUAUGCCAGCCGGGUCAGAAACUGUUAAAGGUUAUGAUUUCAAUGCUGGAGUAGAUUACCAUGCUCUCCUUCAAUCCUACAAAUACUCAGGAUUCCAGGCUACUAACUUCGGUCUGGCAGUCGAGGAAAUUAACAGAAUGAUUGAGUGCCGUAAACUUCCUAUACCUGAAGAUAAAUUAGAACACUGUUCUGAAGGAGACCCAAAAAUAAAGAAUAACUGCACAAUAUUUCUUGGAUAUACCUCUAAUAUGGCAUCAUGCGGAGUAAGGGACACGAUUAGAUUCUUGGUUGAGCACAGUAUGAUUGAUUGCAUCGUGACAACAGCCGGGGGAGUCGAGGAAGAUUUCAUCAAGUGUUUGGCCCCGACUUACUUAGGAGACUUUGCUUUGCCUGGCAGAGAAUUAAGAGAGAAAGGGAUUAACCGAAUAGGGAACCUUCUUGUGCCCAACAAUAACUACGUUAAAUUCGAGGAUUGGUUGAUGCCUAUCCUUGAUAAACUACUGGAGGAGCAGAAUACAAAUAGAACAGUUUGGACUCCUAGUAAAAUCAUACACAGGUUGGGACUAGAGAUUAACAACAAGGAAAGCAUUUACUACUGGGCAGCUAAAAAUAAUAUUCCAGUAUUCAGUCCUGCUUUGACCGACGGUAGUCUAGGAGACAUGCUUUUCUUUCAUUCAUUCAGAAACCCUGGCUUGAUAGUUGAUAUCCUGGGUGAUCUGCGGGAUAUUAACAGAAUGGCAAUGAGGAGUGUUAACACCGGAAUGAUCAUCCUUGGAGGGGGUUUAAUUAAACAUCAUAUCUGUAAUGCAAACCUUAUGCGGAAUGGAGCAGAUUUUAGUUUGUUUGUAAACACGAGCAGUGAGUUUGAUGGUUCUGAUAGUGGGGCCCGUCCUGAUGAAGCUAUUAGUUGGGGGAAAAUCAGGAAAGAUGCAAAGCCUGUGAAGGUUUAUGGAGAAACUACCCUCAUAUUUCCGCUCUUGGUUGCUGAAACAUUUGCUCGGCAUCAUCAUAAGAUAUUGGAGUAGGAUACAGUAGUAGCGUAUCAGGGUACAUGCAGAAGAAGAGUAUUGUGCUGUAUCAGGGUACAGGAGAAGGGUCUUGUGCUGUAUCGAAAACGGAAAGAGAACCAGAAACCCAAGAGACUUGUACUUUCUGUGUUAUAGACGGAAGAAAAGACACGAGGAUAGUUUUGUACUUAUUCUCUUUUUAAUGUUGAUUUUAAUUUUAAUGUUCAAGGCAACGUGACUUUGUUCAUUUCUCUGAACGAGGUUUAGAAAUAAUUAUUUACCACUAAUUGGGUUUUCCAGUAAAAUCUGAGGUUCCUUAAAAACAACUAUUUUCAGAA